GGCGAGUUCCCCGGUGUGUGUCUGUGUCUGUCUGUGUCUGGAAGCGGCGCGCGGCCCGGGACAAGCGCUGGGGAUUCCCAUCUGAGGCGUCGCCACUGUCACUACCAUCACCCACGGAGCCACUUAUAGAGCGGAGUAGACCCGGCCCUUCGCCGGGCAGAGAAGAUGUUGCCCCUGUCCAUCAAGGACGAUGAAUACAAACCACCCAAAUUCAAUCUGUUGCGCAAGAUCUCGGGCUGGUUUAGGUCUAUCCUGUCGGACAAGACGUCCCGGAACCUGUUUUUCUUCCUGUGCCUGAACCUCUCUUUCGCUUUUGUUGAACUACUCUACGGCAUCUGGAGCAACUGCUUAGGCUUGAUUUCCGACUCUUUUCACAUGUUUUUCGAUAGCACUGCUAUUUUGGCUGGAUUGGCAGCGUCUGUUAUUUCAAAAUGGAGAGAUAAUGAUGCUUUCUCCUAUGGGUAUGUUAGAGCGGAAGUUCUGGCUGGCUUUGUCAAUGGCCUAUUUUUGAUCUUCACUGCUUUUUUUAUUUUCUCAGAAGGAGUUGAGAGAGCAUUAGCUCCUCCAGAUGUACACCAUGAGAGACUGCUUCUUGUUUCAAUUCUUGGAUUUGUGGUAAACCUAAUAGGAAUAUUUGUUUUCAAGCAUGGAGGUCAUGGACAUUCUCAUGGCUCUGGCCAUGGACACAGUCAUUCCCUCUUUAAUGGUGCUCUGGAUCAGGCACAUGGCCAUGGAGAUCACUGCCAUAGUCAUGAACUGAAACAUGGUGCUGCACAUAGCCAUGAUCAUGGUCAUGGACAUGGACACUUUCAUUCUCAUGAUGGUCCCUCCUUAAAAGAAACAACAGGACCCAGCAGACAGAUUUUACAAGGUGUAUUUUUACAUAUUCUAGCAGAUACACUUGGGAGUAUUGGUGUAAUUGCCUCUGCCAUCAUGAUGCAAAAUUUUGGUCUGAUGAUAGCAGAUCCUAUUUGUUCAAUUCUGAUAUCCAUGCUUAUAGUUGUAAGUGUUAUUCCUCUUUUAAGAGAGUCUGUCGGAGUAUUAAUGCAGAGAACUCCUCCCCUCUUGGAAAAUACUCUGCCUCAGUGCUAUCAGAGGGUGCAGCAGUUGCAAGGAGUUUACAGUUUACAAGAACAGCACUUCUGGACCUUAUGUUCUGACGUUUAUGUUGGGACCUUGAAAUUAGUAGUAGCACCUGAUGCUGAUGCCAGGUGGAUUUUAAGCCAAACACAUAAUAUUUUUACUCAGGCUGGAGUGAGACAACUUUAUGUACAGAUUGACUUUGCGGCCAUGUAAUGAAUGAAAAGAAACUAUACAUUUUUGGGGACCUAAGUUUUCUGGUACUGUACAAUCCCAAACAUUGUACCUAGCUUAUUAAAAGAGAGAAAUCGUCACUACAGCUCCCAAGCACCAAGUAGACCUAGUAGAGUCAGCCGUUUGUGCUCUGCAGGGAGUUCACAGCUAAGGGAUCAGAAUUCAGAGGAUCUCUCCUGGACUUUUGGUCUUGUCUUUUGUGCUCUUCCUUCCAAACUAUUUUGAUUUCUGAGGCUUCUAGUUUUGUUCCGGGGUGGUGUUUUUCGUUUAUUUGUUUCUUUUUUUUCAUUUCCAAUGCCCUCACUCCUACCCCUCAUCCUAGCCAGUAAGAAAUUCAGAUUGUGGGCCUCCCGUCAUCUGGAAUGUCUUCACUGAAGCUGCUGGAAACCACUCUUUCAUUCCCACAAAACCAGUGUUAUUUAAAAAAAAAAAAGAAAUGGAAAUCUGUUUUAUAUGUAAUGUCACAAUUGUUGACGUUCUUCGGUAUAAUCAUAUGUUUGUAAAAUUGUUUGUACCUUGCAAACUUAUGAACCAAACCAUAUUGGGUUUUCAAAGUGCCUUUGUAUCAGAAAAUGUAUUUGCCAGCAUAGAAACAUACUCUCAAAGGUCAUGUAUGUUUUUUUUUAAUGGGUAUUCUGUAAUCUGUACAAAAUAAGACUCUUUGUUAGUCAUGUAUACAGAUUUUGUCUUUUUGUGUACUUCCCAGCAUAGGUUUAGAUAUAUGAAAAUUUUCCUUUUAUUGCUUUAUCUCAUCAAAAAAUAAAAGGUGUUAUUUUGCUUUUUAAAUCAAAUUCAAUUAUCACAUUAAAUUAUUUUGUGGGCUAUGUUUUCAAAACUUCGCAAAUGUAUCUGUUAUAUAGACGAAUGUUUUGAUUUACUUGAAACAUCUGCUAAGUUCCAAAUUUCUAUAAAAGCUACUGUGUUGUCUAUGAUAAACUUUCCUGUAUCUUCCUUGCCAUUUUUAUGAAUUUUAUUAAUGAAAGAAACAGGCAAUGUAGAAUGAAGGCAGAAAUGCUUGUGACAAUAUUAUUUUGCAUUUUUAUUCUUUAAAUGCCACCUCAUACAAUUUGUUUUCCUGUGCAAGCAUUACAUAAAUACAAUUGCCUUCAGAAAUCCUAGAGCAGCAUUUUCUUGAGUUUGAACUAUUGAAGGUACGGAGCAAAUGUAGUAAGAUAGAAGUCUUCCUAACACAGGUAUCUUGGAAGUUAAUAAAUGAGUUGAUUUCUAGGUUCUUGUGUAUUUGAAAAAUAAAAUUGCAAUUUGAGAUAAGUGCUUAAACACUCAAA